AUGGAACCUCUUCCUCCGGCAAGCAAGGCCCCUGCUGGAAUAUUAUCCGCCAGGGAUGCCUUGAAGGAAAAGAGGAAGAGGUUGGAAGAGCUGAAGAAAAAAAGAAAUUUAUCGCUGACUGUACCUUCAUCUGAAGGUGACUCUGUAGAAACAAAGAAGACGCCCACAAAAACUGCUAUGAUAAUAGUAGAAUCACCAAACAUAAUUGAGCAUCUUCCUGUGCCAGCUGCCACUCGGCCAGUGGUUAAUUUUGACCUUGACCGAAUCCAGAUGGAUAAGAAGAUUGGCGAAGGUAAUUUCGCGAAUAUCCAUCUGGCCAAGGUCAAAGGUCAUUUGGUGGCAAUAAAACACCAUAAGCCACCAACCACUGCGUCGGAGAAACUAACUAGUCACCAGUUAAAGUUGGCAUUAUUGGCAACCCUCUCUGGUUUACAAAGAUUGCAUGAUCUGGGAGUAGUCCAUAACGACUUCAAGCCAUCCAAUGUUCUUGUGAAAAUCGAAAAUGACGGGAAACCAAGCUGCCGCAUAGCUGACUUUGGCGUCAGUGUCACCAUCGGAAGCAGUGACUUCUCAGGCGCGGGCACGGUGGUGUACAUGGCACCAGAGGUUAUUUGCAAAAAACCUCCACCGUGUCCCGCCAAAGACAUUUGGGCACUUGGGUGUUCCAUGGCUGAGGUGGUGACACUGCAGCUUCCACAUCUAUGCGGUACGUUAGUUGGUUUCAUUAAACGUAUAAGAACAGAUGUCGCGGUUGGCAAGGUCAUCACGCCCAUUAACAUUAGGCAUCUAGGAAGAGGAGUAUAUAAGGACUUGUGUAUGGCUUGUUGUGCUAUGGAGCCAUCGUUGCGACCAGCAGCUGGGGACCUUAUUAAUGUCAUCAGGAACAUCUCUCCUGAUGACAUCAUUCAAAAACUGUAA